AUGGAGGCUGAAAACACUUUCCAGGGCGGCCCUGUGCUCGUGAAUGGCAUACAACGCACGCUUCAGGACGAGGACCGCUUCAACCCGCGCUUCAAACCUCUGCUGCCGGAGGAGGACGAGGCAUGGAAAGAGUUGAUCAAGUGCGGCGGUGCUGGCGAGGUGGCAGACACGGCAGAACAACAAGCGAAGCGCUAUGAGACGGCCAAUGAAAGGUCGCCCGAGACACAUCCCGGUCUUGAGGAGUUCUGCUAUGGAACUCCCGACGUGGUGAUCACAUGUAGCAUGGACUACCUGAUUAAAACCUGGGAUACGAAGUCCUACAAGGUGAUUCAGGAGUUCGAAGGUCACUUGAACUUUGUGAAUCAGGUGGUGACGUAUCGAGAGGAUCAGAUUUUGAGUUGCAGUGAUGAUUACACUUGUCGACUCUGGAAGAUGGGAGCACGUGGGACAACCGGCAAGUUGCUGUUCACGUACUGGAUCAACAUGUAUCCCAUGAAAGCAGUCUGUGCGCUACCGGGCCAGCGGGCCGCGGUGGGAGGUCUGGACAAGACCGUGAGGAUUUUCAGCUUGGUCACGGGCUGCACACUCUUCAGGAUGAUGGGCCAUAAAGAAGUUGGUCCCGACAAGAACUUCUUCCAGCUCGAGGGUUGCGGCUCCAUCUUCUCCGUUCUGCACCUGCGCCAGAACAUCUUAGCCUCCGGCUCGGACGACAGCACGGUGCGACUCUGGGAUAUUGACACCGGAAAGUGUUUGAGCGUUAAGAUCGGACAUCAGGGCUAUCGCGAGGACGUCGGCGAGCCGGGUGUUGGCUGGACGCUUUCCGAAAGGUUCGCCACCGUCACCAAGAUGUGCCACUUGGGUAAGGAUGGUCUGCAGUUUGCCAGCUGCUCCUAUGAUAGGACGGUGGUCAUUUGGAACGUGGCGGCAGGAUCGCAGCUUGAGGUGCUGAAAAAGUUUAAGGCUCAUGGGAACGGCAUUGUGAGCAUUGGCUAUGCGGGGAAAAACACAAUCGCCACAUGUUCGGGAGACAAGACCGUGAAGAUCUGGAAGUGGGAUGAGGAACCACCGUUGCUGCUCUGCGAGUUGAAAACUCGAGGCAUCGCCAGUGACGUCUGCAUGAUCGAUGAUGACACGGUCUUCAUCGCUGGAGGUGAUGCCACGAUUCGCAUCUACAACUGGAAGGAGGAGCGCGACGUGACUCAGUUCUAUGCCCACGACAUGACCUUGCAAUGCUGUGUGCCUGUCCUGCCUGUCCUGCCUGCCCGGGCCCAUCCGAAUCAAUGGACCGAGGUACCCAUCAUGUACCAGAACGUCACAUAUCCCGAGAACGAGGAAGACAGCCGUGCUGCUUUGGAGCAGAUGAGGAAAGUCCUCUACAACGCCCUAAAUUACUCAGAAGUCUGA